AUGAUGGAUUUUAAGAAAUUUUGGACGAAGAACUCGUUGAUAAGUCUUGGAUUAGGGCAAUUUCUUUCUCUUCUUAUUACUGCAACUGGUUUCGCUUCUUCUGAAUUAGCUAAAAAAGGAAUUAAUGCUCCAACUUCACAGUCGUUUCUGAAUUAUGUAUUCUUGGUGAUUGUCUAUGGAAGUAUUCUACUCUACAGAAGACAACCUCUCAAGGCAAAAUGGUAUUAUUAUAUACUUCUUGGAUUGGUUGAUGUGGAAGCAAAUUUUCUUAUUGUGAAGGCAUAUCAAUACACCUCACUUACAAGUGUGAUGCUACUUGACUGCUGGUCCAUUCCAUGUGUCAUGCUUCUGACAUGGAUUUUCUUGAAAGCAAAAUAUAGAUACAAGAAGAUAACUGGUGUAAUUGUUUGCAUCGCUGGACUUGUUCUGGUUGUAUUUUCAGAUGUUCACGCAGGUGACAAUGCAGGUGGAAGUAAUCCUCGUAAAGGGGACAUUCUUGUUAUCGCUGGUGCUACCUUGUAUGCAUUCAGUAAUGUCAGUGAGGAGUUUUUAGUAAAAAAUGCCGAUAGAGAAGAGCUCAUGGCAAUGUUAGGUCUCUUUGGUGGCAUCAUCAGUGCCAUUCAAAUAACUGUACUCGAGCGCAAUGAACUUAAAUCUAUUCAUUGGUCAGCUGGGGCCGCAUUUCCUUUUUUUGGAUUUUCGUUGGCUAUGUUUUUGUUUUACUCUCUAGUCCCUGUUCUGCUUAAGAUCAAUGGUUCUACCAUGCUUAAUCUGUCUCUUCUGACAUCAGACAUGUGGUCUGUCUUAAUUCGCAUUUUCGCUUACCAUGAGAAGGUUGAUUGGAUGUACUAUCUAGCGUUUGGUACUGUUGUCGCCGGCAUUGUUAUCUACUCUAUAGGUUACGGAGAUGAGGAUCAGCACCCUCCUAAUGCUGUUGAAGAACCUCUAGCAAUCAGUCAUGACGAGGAGGCCAGUUCAGCAAAUCAUAACAAAGGAGCUGUGGCUGGAACCUCAAAAACAUGGGUAGCUUAA